AUUAUUAAGUACUUGUCAAUGCAUUUCUUUUUCUUUGUAACAACAAAUUAAAACAAUAUGCAAAAUGUAUCAAAUAUUCACAUCAGCUUCUCUCGAGUAGCACGAAUUGGCUUUUGUCUUUAGUCGGGUGCGCCAUAUUUACGUGGUGUCUACGUCAACACUCACUCAAUAUCUUCGAGCUAAAUGGCAGCGUUUUCUAUUCUCUUCGGCUUAGUGUUUGCGACAAAUAUUUAUUCAAUAUUAGGAUUACCGGAAGAUUUGAUUUACGGAUAUGAGUGCAUUGAAAAUAAGUGCGUUAAGUUCCAACUAAAUGAAGGGAAUUGGAACAGUGCUUUAAGUUUACCAGUGUGUUAUAUGUUAUGUAGUGAUUCUAUCGGCACUCUAUGGCCAAAGCCAAACGGCAAUGUGAAGCACGAGUCCUAUUUGUUGCAUAUUGAUCGGCGUAAUAUUCUUUUUAAUGCACCAACACACCUCCCUCAGUAUGCCCAUUUUUGGCAAGUAAAUGAAGAACGUUUUGCUAAAAUAUUAGAAAAUAAACUACCAAAUAAGGAAAUUAUAAAAAAAGGUGGUUAUCCAAUGAAAAUUCUAAUUAAUAUUGAUAGCGAUAAUAGUGAAUUUGAACAAAUACCAAAACUUACUCUAAGCACUGAUGAAAGCUACAAACUAGAUGUUACAAAAGGAGAUAAUAAUAUCUUAGCUGAUAUAAGAGCGACAACAUUCUUUGGAAUUAGACAUGGUUUAGAGACGCUAUCGCAAUUGAUUGUUUAUGAUGACAUAAGGCGUGAAUUGCAAAUCUUAGCUAAUGUCUCUUUAAGCGAUGAACCAGCAUUCAAAUGGCGAGGCUUACUGUUGGAUACAGCCAGAAAUUUCUACAGUGUGAAAGCUAUCAAAAGAACUUUAGAUGCAAUGGCUUCGGUAAAACUAAACACGUUUCACUGGCAUAUUAUUGACAGCCAGAGUUUUCCUAUGGAAAUAAAAACGCGACCUGAAUUACAUAAAAUAGGUGCUUAUUCUCAAAGAAAAGUUUACACUCAUGAAGACAUUGCUCAAAUUGUGGAAUAUGGUCGUGCAAGAGGUAUAAGAGUUAUGCCAGAAUUUGAUGCUCCUGCACACGUCGGUGAGGGCUGGCAACAUAAAAAUAUGACUGCUUGCUUCAAGGCCAAACCAUGGCAAAAUUACUGUGUUGAGCCACCCUGCGGGCAAUUAGAUCCGACAGUUGACGAUAUGUAUUCGGUACUUCAGGAUAUAUAUCAGGAUAUGUUUGAUCUAUUUGAUCCUGAUGUUUUCCACAUGGGCGGUGACGAAGUAUCUUUUACGUGUUGGAACAGCACAAAAUCAAUAAUCGAUUGGAUGAUUGGAAUGGGUUGGGAGCUAAAGACCUCUGAUUUUAUACAUUUAUGGGGACAUUUUCAAAUGGAAGCAAUGCGAAGAGUUGAUUAUGUAACUAAACAAAAACAAAUUCCCAUAAUCUUAUGGACAAGUAAAUUGACCGACCCCGCUCAUAUCGAAAAGUAUUUGAACAAGAAACGUUAUUUUAUCCAAAUCUGGACUCGACGUGAUGAUUCUCAAGUGCUAGAUAUUUUAAAACGCGGUUUCCAAAUUAUAGUGUCUAAUCAUGAUGCUUUAUAUUUUGAUUGCGGUGGAGCCAACUGGGUUGGAGAAGGCAACAAUUGGUGUUCUCCUUAUAUCGGCUGGCAAAAAGUAUACGAUAAUAGAAUGGAAGUUGUUGCUGAACACUACAUAUCUCAAGUGCUAGGGGCCGAAGCAGCUGUUUGGUCCGAGCAGAUAGACGAACAAAAUUUGGAUCAACGUCUGUGGCCACGCGCAAGUGCUUUAGCUGAACGUUUAUGGUCAAACCCGAGUGGCAAUUGGCGACAAGCUGAAGCCCGUAUACUGUUGCAUCGCGAAAAUCUAGUUAAAAAUGGUAUUGCGGCUGAACCUUUACAGCCCGAAUGGUGUCUGCAAAGUCAAAAAGAAUGUUCCAUUUCGGAUGCAUAGGCCGAAGACUUGAAAUUCUGAAUUUACUAUUUAUGUACGUUUUUAUUACAAUAAACAUAAAAUGGUAUGUAGCGUC